ACCCGCGGUGGCUAAACCGGCGGUGUAGUCCCACGUCCGCCAUGGCUGAGGCAUCCCGGUGGCACCAAGGCGUGACUUUUGGGAUGGUAAACCCACAUAUGUACUACUUAAACAAGGUUAUGUCAUCUCUAUUUUUGGACACCUCUGUGCCUGGUGAUGAAAGAACCAACUUUAAGUCUAUUCGCACCACAGCUGAUUUUUGGAAGUUUAUGGAAGGACCUCUUUUGGAAGGUCUGUACUGGGACUCAUGGUACAAUCACCAACAGCUGUAUAAUCUAAAGAAUAGCAGCCGCAUCUACUAUGAGAACAUACUUCUAGGAGUCCCCAGGGUUCGUCAACUAAAAGUCCGCAACAAUACCUGCAGGGUCUAUCCAUUAUUCCAGUCUUUGAUGAGUGAGUGUUAUGGCAAAUAUACUUCUAAAAAUGAAGACCUGUCUGAGUUUGGCCUUAAACGUGAUACUGAAUGGAAAUACUCUACUUCUAAGAUCAACUCCCCUUGGCACUGGGGAUUUGUUGGUGUUUACCGAAAUGGAGGGUAUAUUUUCACAUUAUCAAAAUCAAAAUCUGAAACCAAAAACAAGUUCAUUGACCUUCGACUAAAUAGCUGGAUCACAAGAGGGACCAGAGUUAUUUUUAUUGACUUUUCCUUAUACAAUGCUAAUGUAAAUCUGUUUUGCAUUAUCAGAUUGGUGGCAGAAUUCCCUGCAACUGGGGGAAUACUUACUUCAUGGCAGUUUUACUCUGUGAAGCUCCUCAGAUAUGUGGGCUACUAUGAUUACUUUAUUGCUUCCUGUGAAAUCACAUUUUGUAUUUUCCUUAUUGUCUUCACAACACAAGAAGUCAAAAAAAUAAAAGAAUUUAAGUUCACCUAUUUCAAAAGUAUUUGGAACUGGCUAGAAUUACUACUUUUGCUGUUGUGUUUUGUGGCUGGUUCUUUCAAUAUAUACUGUAAUAUACAAAUUUUUCGCUUACUUGGAGAGCUGUUGAAAAGUACUGAAAAAUAUUCAGAUUUCUAUUUUCUUGCAUACUGGCAUGUUUAUUACAAUAAUAUAAUUGCUAUUACUAUCUUCUUUGCAUGGAUAAAGAUAUUCAAAUUCAUAAGCUUUAAUAAGACAAUGUCUCAGCUGUCAUCAACAUUAUCCCGCUGUAUCAAAGACAUAGUAGGAUUUGCCAUCAUGUUUUUUAUAAUAUUCUUUGCUUAUGCCCAGUUAGGAUUUCUUGUUUUUGGAUCACAGGUGGAUGACUUUUCCACUUUUCAAAAUUCUAUAUUUGCACAAUUCCGAAUUGUUCUUGGAGAUUUUAAUUUUGCUGGUAUUCAGCAAGCCAAUCGCAUCCUGGGACCCAUUUACUUCAUCACUUUCAUCUUUUUUGUAUUCUUUGUCCUACUGAACAUGUUCUUGGCAAUAAUUAAUGAUACCUAUUCUGAAGUGAAAGCUGAUUAUACAGUACACAGAAAGCCAGAUUUUGAACUUGGUAAAAUGAUUAAAAAGAGUUACAAUAAUGCUCUUGAAAAACUCAACCUGAAGAAAGCUCAAAAAAGCGAAGAUGAGAAAACCAAAAGCAGAAGAGAUUUGGUUGAAGAAGCAAGAAGAGAAGGCUUCGACGAAAAUGAGAUUCGAAGUGCAGAGCAGAUGAAAAAAUGGAAAGAGAGGCUUGAGAAAAAGUAUUAUUCUACAGAAAUUCAAGAUGACUACCAGCCUGUCACUCAACAAGAAUUUCGAGAACUCUUUUUAUAUGCUGUGGAACUGGAGAAGGAAUUACACUACAUCAGUUUAAAGCUAAAUCGAGUGAUGAGAAAGUUUUCAGCUCUACAAUACUGAGACAUA